AUGAAAGAAGGAGGGUUUGGUGAUAGUUCAGGAGGUCUGGGAGAAAUGAUUAAAGUUCUCUUCCGAGGACUGAGCGGUGGUGGUGGGCUGCCGAUGCAGGCAUUGUUGGAACAAGCUCUUAGGGGCUUCUAUGGUAGUUUUUAUGGUUGUUGCUUGCGGAUAGACGCUGAGGCUGAUAAAAUCCUAAUGUAG